AUGUCACUGGUAUCAAUAGUGGAGUAUAAGUCUUUUAAAGCUUUGAUUGAAGGUGCACAGCAACUAACAAAGCCUCCAAACGUUAUGUGCCGUCAUACAGCUAAAAAUAAAAUUUGUGAUGAGUAUAAUGAAUUUAAGAAAAAAAUUAAAGUAAAGUUGAACACUGUCGAAUUCGUGUGCAGUACUGCUGAUUUUGGUCUUCCUCUAAAAGAAGUUAUUUGGGGGUUACAGCCCAUUGGAUUGAAAGUGCGACAUUUGAGAGGAAAAGUGCUGCCGUUGCUUGUAGAAGAUUCAAAGGGGCUCACACAUAUGAUAAAGUUGCAGAAAUGA